UGUCCGGUCAGCAUGGCAUAUGGAUUUGGACUCGGUUUCGUCGGUAUUAUGGCGUUGGCACUGCUCAGCUUGCUGCACAUUGCGCAUACGCAGCGUGGCCCGGUAGGGCUGACUGAGUUUUUCAACGAUUUUCGGCAGAAUCACGACGACCAAAGGCUUUACUAUUCACAUCAGUAUCAGAUAUCCGAUGUGGCCAGCCAAGUCCACAUCCUGCACCGAGAGCAGCGCCAAGGAGAGCACGUGACCGGCUCAUACUCCCACCAGGAGCCCAGCGGCCACAUCCGCAGCGUUCACUACGAGGUGAGGGGACCCCGCCGGGGAUUCCGAGCCGUCAUCGAGCAGCGGACAGGAAACAGCCGAGUGCACCAGACCCUGGGAGGCCGCGACGGCCGGCAACCGACCCGGGCUCUGGCCCUCGCCGAGCCUGUGGCAUUUGUGAUUUAA